AUGUCAGCUCACGAAGAAAAUCAACAGCUUCAGUCGCAAGAAAAUGCCGACGGCUCUAUCGACAAUGACAUCGCCCAGGUGGAAUCACCUGAAUACCAAGUGCGCAGUAUGACCCACUCCUACGUCUCUUCUCAGGGUGAUUUUGUUCACCUAAACCCGACAUACAUCUACACCAACAAGGCCGACGGUACCAUACGAGUCGGAAUCAUCGAAGCCGACAUGAUCGCCAAGGGUAUUGGUAUUUGGACCGAUGGCCUGAAUGACGACCCUACCUCUGGCGAUGAUUCGAAUGAUGAAAGGGACGAAAGAGCAGGAAUCCUCGAGGAUAUCAUGGCGGAGGUCCUCAUCGACGACGCGCCACCGGCUCCAGGCGGAGAGUCGUUCAUGGAGCUCACUAAAAGCAACGAUUUGAGAAGGAACGUGAUAGUUCCCUUGCAAGUCAACAGCUCUGGGGAGACCAAUGACAAGAAGCCGAGCUGGCUUGUCCUUCGCGGCUAUCCCAUUUCUCAGCUGGAAGGUCUUACAAAAUCGUUCGGGGGAGAUGAAGACCCUAGUAUCAUUGAAAAUAUGAACAAAGUUUGCCCUUCGCUGGAUAAUAUACCCCAGUUUUUCGAAUCGCAGACUGGAACGGCUCUCGGAGUCAACAUCGAUAUCACCCAUGAGGGCAGUAAGUAUUUUGUCAGACCUGCGUGUCUCAUUGACAACCUUCGUGUCGCUGGGGAGGAUAUUGCCGAAAAUCGUCGUACACAACGUGACGCUACCAGUUAUCAGAGUACCUUCGCAAAUAAUUUCCUGGAUGGUAUCAACCAUUCUAUCGCUGAGGGUUUCAUUCGUGAUGGACAAGUCGUGAAGGACAACGAUGUCUACACGUCAUACAAGAAUGAUGCUGCCGAGUCUAAGAGAUUGGUGUUGAGAGUGAACGGGGCCUCGGCUGAUGAACGAGGAGUUCCCGAGACCAUUGUUGUUCCGAGCUACCCGAGCGAAUCCCAUAGAGAUGUGACGGAGCGUUCAAGUACAGAGCUUGGGCCCCGCCCCUCGGCAGAUGAAGAACUCGCCUGGGGUCCAUAUGGCCUUCACACCGAGUAA